AUGCUACAGAGGAGACCAUGCCUGGAUGGUCUGGCACCGCUGAAGGGUUUCCAAGAACCUGUUUUUAGGAUCUUCAAAGCCAUCAAGGGACAAAGCAUCCCAGACAGAGCUCAGCUGAAAUCUGUCAUCCUCGACCACUUAGGCUCCAAGCUUGUCAGGAAGCAGCUGGCGGAGUCAAUCAGGGAUGAGGUCAAACUGACGAUUCCAGGGUCUACACCAGCGACACAAAGGGCUCUGAGUGCCAGAAUCGCUUACGAUGUGUUGAAGUGCGUCUCUCGAGCGGCCAAUCCUAGCAAUGAACCUGCCUGCAGACUCCGUGGGGGAAACACAAUCAAACCCAAUGCUCAAGCAGAUGAUCCAGAACCAGAGGAGCGGAUGGCCAACGGAGAAGACAUAAACACCUAUGUGACAACGUUGAUCACUGACGUUCUGGAGGAAGUCCAGGAGCAGGUUAUCGUAAUGAUCCGAGAAGACUCCCCUACCCAAUUCAGAGUUGUCUCUGCAAAGGCCAGCCAAACAGCCAUUGAUGUGGUGAAGAAAGAAAAUGCAGCCACCAGAAGCGCUUCUCUUCCCAACCUGUAUGGACUUGUUGUGGAUGCAGUUAUGGACCACUUCAGCACAGAACCCUUCAAAGACAAUCUGGCCCAAUCAGUGAAGAAUGAGGUGAGACGCACCCUUUCUAUGCCUGAAUGUGGAUUGUUGAACCUUCAAAUUGAUAAUUACUUUGAGAGGAAAAUGCUAGAGGAUAUGCUGAAGGAAGUAUCCCGACAGUGCGGAGGAACAAGCUCUAGCACCGUGGCUGAAGAGGCUACAGAUGAAGAAGAGAUCUACAGACUAGAAUCUGCUGCAGCACAACUGAUACAGAAAGUUUUCCAGGAGGUCAAGACAAAUUUUGUUGUCAAGAUCAAGAAGGGUUCUCCCAAGAGAUGUCUAUCCCCAGAAAGGGAAAGCCAAAGGACGUUAGAGAACUAUCUGCUCAGCGCUGAAGUAAAGGAGGGAGAGAUUCUGCCUCCCACCAUUCAGAAGCUGAUGAAAGGAUACAACAAGUACCUCAGGCCUUUCUUUGACAAUGGGCCAGUGACUGUGGGCAUGAGUUUGGACGUUGCCAGCAUUGACACCAUAUCAGAGAUCAACAUGGACUACACGGCCACCAUCUUCCUGCGUCAGCGCUGGACAGACGAGCGCCUGGUGUUUGAGGGGAACAAAAGCCUGAGUCUGGACGGCAGGCUUGUGGAGCUGCUCUGGGUACCAGACACCUUCAUCGUAGACUCCAAGAAGUCUUUCCUCCAUGACAUCACUGUGGAGAACAGGCUGAUCAGGAUCUUCCCCAAUGGAACAGUGCUCUACGCCCUGAGGAUCACCACCACUGUGGCCUGCAACAUGGAUCUGACCAAAUAUCCCAUGGACAAGCAAACCUGCACUCUGCAACUGGAGAGCUGGGGCUACAACACCAAUGAUGUGAUGUUCUACUGGACCAGAGGGAACGAGUCGGUCAGUGGUUUGGACACGCUGCGUCUGGCCCAGUACACAGUAGAGGACCACUACACCUCUGCGUCUGAGGCCAUCUAUGAAACAGGCCACUACCCCAAGCUGAUCUUCCACUUUGAGCUGAAGAGAAGCAUCCUGUACUUCAUCCUGGAGACGUAUGUUCCCUCUAGCCUACUAGUGGUCCUGUCCUGGGUGUCCUUCUGGAUCAGCCAGUCUUCCGUCCCCGCAAGGGUCUGCAUCGGAGUGACCACGGUUCUGACCAUGACCACAUUGAUGAUGGGUGCCAGGACGUCCCUGCCCAAUGCCAACUGUUUCAUCAAGGCCAUCGAUGUGUACCUGGGCAUCUGCUUCAGCUUCAUCUUCGGAGCCCUGAUCGAGUACGCCGUGGCCCACUUCUGCACCCUCAACCAUCCCGACGCCAACAUUGUCAUGUACGGUCACCAGAUGGGAGGCUUUGACGAGGAGAUGAACGGCAUGGUCACUACCAUCGCCGCUGAAAACAAUAGGGCCAAGAGGCGUAAGGAGAAAGCUGCUGCAGUCUCAGCGCCCAUUGCAGAGCUGGAACUGGGCCCCUCCAGCCCCACUGGCAGCGAGCCCAAGCCCGAGGCUCCUGAGGAGCCUCCCAAUCGCUGCCUCACUGUCCUGGUCCUCCUCCGCAAGUUCCUGCGCAGAGCUGCAAACUGUUUCCAUGUGGAGAAUCCCCACUUAAUAGACAACUACUCCAGGAUGACCUUCCCCCUCUCCUUUGUAUUCAUCAACCUCCUCUACUGGACAUACUACCUGUACUUGUAA